CUUAAAAAAUGGACCAUCUUAUAAUGUUUGUGCUAGUUACUACCAUGUUUUUUGGGCUAAAUGAAGCUUGCAAAAAGAACCAUGUAGUAAUUCAUAACGAACUCGCUCCUGGUAUUGUUCUCAACAUCGCAUGUCGAAAAGACAGUAUAGUGCACCCACCUACAAGGUUCCACAGUCUAAAGUACAAAGAUCCUUUCUAUAUCAUUGAAUUUGCGGAUAAUAAUCAAGUCCCUCAUGACGAAAAGUGGUAUUGUAUGCUUAGUCACGGGACUAAACCAAAGUAUUGGUAUGAUAUUGAAGUGUAUCGUCAAGGCUAUUAUCCUCGUUGUGGUCAGCUACGGUCGUGGAUUGCUAGAAAUGAUGGGAUUUGGUUUACAAGAAAAUAUCACAGCCCCCCAGGACAUGUUCUUAACUGGAAAAUCCAGUAAUGUUCUUUGAUUUUGUUUUCUUUUUUCUAUAAUUAACGAAUGUUAAAUGUAAAUGGAUCAUCAGUAUGGUGUCAUUGUCAUAUAUGCUAUGGCAUAAAAGUUAAUUCAGUUAUCGAUCUAAUUGGUCGUACAAUGAAAAGAUUACAUCAUUGUAUA